GAUGCAGGAUGUGGGCUGAUCAAUGCUAAUGGCAUUAUCAUUUUUUCUGUUGCGGUGAGACGAUGAGAACUAAGACUGCGAUCUAAGGCAAAUCUGAGGCUUACAUUGUUGAUGGAACUGUGAUAUUUGACAAUAACCACUUUACCAAAACUGCAUUUUCUACUACAUCAAGGAACUAAGGAACUCCUUGUCUGCAAAUUUCUAAUGUACACAUCUAUUACAGUCAGGCUGCAUUCCUGUAGCAGCACAUUUGUCAAAACUGUUUCUCAAACAAUGAUUCUGGGGCCAUUUGCAGUGCUCCAUUUGAGCUGUGAUAACACCAUUUAAUCCUUCAAUUCCCACCUCUUUUUCUCACCACACCAGAUCUCACUUAAAUGUAUAUUUGCACCAGGGGCUGUCUAACCUGGAUGAUCCCUCUAAAAAAAGACAAUUAACACAUAGCCUUGGUAAUUAUUAGUUCUGCCCUAUAGGCUGACACAACCUGUUAUAGCAUUCUACUACAGUAGCUACAAAGUUUAAUGAGAAGCUUCACCAAGGUUUACGUGGUAAGGCCGCUGCUUGUAAAUAAGCAUUUAGAUCACAGCUCAACAUAUCAGAGUGAAUGUCCUGCUUCUUUGGCCUUAGCUGGUGACUUGGAAGCCUACGAAGCUUAUUACAAACCACUUAUGGUUUAUUGUGUGGUGACCUCCGCCAGCUGUGGUGAUUACGCCAAGGACCAAAGGGACAAGAUGACAUAUAGAGCAAUAACAAAGGCACAUCAGCAAGUUAAGCUGUUUUAAGACAAACCAAAUACAAGAUUUUACUCUAGAAACCAGUGCAUCACAACAUGUCUUCUGAAUUACGGUUCUUUGUUUUAGCAUUUCAAAAGAGCAUUCUUUAUUUCUUUUUUCUAAUAACCCUUAAAAUCUAACACACAGAGCACCACCAUGUACAUAAACAUGUAUUUGUUCUGCCAUGGUACUAUAACAGUAUCCCCUGCAAUCACGUAAGACUUUAUUUAUUUAUUUAUUUAUUUUUACAGUAUGUUCAGAUUAAAAAACAUGACAAUAAUAAGACGGUUAGGUCCAGAGAGCAGAAACCCAUUAAACCUCAGAGCUACACACUCAUUUUGGACUACUACUCCAGCCCAUUAGCCGCAAAUAGCAUGCAAGAAACAGGCACAAAGAAUCAUCUGUAACACCAGUCUUAGCCGAGGUGAAUUUUAGUAAGUGCAACUGUAGCAGAUGGUGCAGAAUGGACUUUGAAAAGAGUGCUUUUUCAUUUUAACGUCCUGUGUCUGUGGUCUAAUGGCUGAAAUGUUAUCACUGUAUAUCAAAACUAUUGAUGGUCUCCUAACCAAACAGCCCAUAAAGAUGCAGUCUGAUCAGCCCUAUUUACCAAAAAAGAUUAAAAAAAACACAAUGACUUUUUUUGUUUAUCUAACAGCUUUAGUUUAUGGUUUUUUGUAUAAUUGCUAUACAUUAAGAUUAUAGGAAGUAUGUAUUUAAAAUCAGGUUUUCUUAGAUGAUACAGACAUUAAGUACAUUUUCAAAUGUGGCUUGUGAUGUUCUUACUAAUCUUUAGUUUACUUUAACGGUACUGCAAACCACAUCAUUACAUUUUGACAGGAUUCGUUGGAAAGAGGCUGUACAAUCCUGCCAAAUAUGGUCAACAGCAUCCGGGACUUCCUAUCGGCACAGGAAAGGCCGCAUAACAAAAUUCACCACCACCCCCCUCACCUCCCAACAAUGACAAGGGGCGGAUACGCACGAGAAGUAAAAAAGGACCUGCACAACGAUAAGAACUGAUUUUGGGGUUUCCGCGGAUCAGAUAUCGGCUUCAGGAGAUGUUUCGUUCAGAGACUGAGGAUGAAUCGGAACAGCUCCAGUCUGAUGCAGAUCCCAGCAGCAGCACCUGCUGCCGGGGUGAAUGGAGUCAGAGUGGGUUUGUCCCAGGAGCGGAUCAGAAAGACUUGACCAAUGAGGACAAUUCAGGCAAGGAGAGGGAAACUACACCUUUGACCCGAAGAUCUACCCGAAAGCGUAGUCAACCUGUUUCGUCCUCUGCUGCAGCAUCAUCACUGAAUUCUCCAUCUACCAUGUACAAGCUGCGUUCACACAGGAGAAAAACUUAUUUUGCAGCAUUACCCAGAAACAAUUCCUGUAAACGUCCUGAUAAGACUUUUUCAACUGCAGGGAGGAGGAACGAAAAGAGAAAAUGCCAAGCAGGAAAACAGUCCCAGGCACAGGGAGACGAUGAGGAUGACGAGAGGUGGUGCGGUGUUGAGGAGGAAGAUUUAGAGCCUCCUCAACCACGAUUCAGACCUGAGAGAGAUGUUGGGCCACAGCUCAACAGAACUGCAAAUUACAGACCACUUGAUCUUUUCCAGCUCUUCUUUUCCACCAGUGUAAUAGACACACUGGUCAAAAACACCAAUGCUUUUGGAAAGAAGAAAUACCAGAACCAGAAGGAGAGCUGGGUCCAGGUUACAUCAGCAGAUAUGUACUCCUUCAUCAGCCUUGUCCUCUACAUGGGUAUCGCACCACUCAAGACUUUUAAAGACUUUUGGAGGGGAUCUAAGCUCUUCAGUCUGCCUUUCCCUGCCUCUGUUAUGCCCUGCAGACGCUUCCUAGCCAUUUCCCGCAGCCUUCAUAUGAAUGAUCCUGUCGUUGAAGCGGCAAAUGAGCAAAAGAAGGGGACAACAGCUUAUGAUCGACUUUGCAAAAUAAAGCCGCUGUAUCAGCAAAUUCUAGAGGCCUGCCACACAUUUUUUCACCCCUACCAACAUAUCUCUAUAGACGAACGAAUGGUGGCAACGAAAGCAAGGAUUGGACUCAAACAGUACAUAAAAAACAAACCCACAAGGUGGGGAUUCAAGCUUUAUGUUCUAGCCGACUCUGUGUGUGGCUACACGCUGAACUUUUUUGUGUACGGGGGCAAAGAAUAUGAGCCCACAGGAAAAGGGCUGGCCUACGAUGCUGUGAUGAGAUUACUUGACAUUCCCUUUCUCGGGAAAGGUUACAAACUCUACGUGGACAGCUUUUACACCAGUCCAGCUCUGUUCCUUCACCUGCUUGGGAAAAAAAUCUGGGCCUGUGGCACCGUUCGGUCCAAUAUAACUGGUUUUCCUAAAACUAAAAACAAUUUGAUGACCAAAAGCACAAAAAGAGGAACUAUCCGGUGGAUCAGAAAGGGCAAAUUGUUAUUUGUCAAGUGGCUGGACACCCGGGAGGUGACAAUGUGCACCACGAUACACAAAGCAUACAACAAUGACUUGGCAAAGCGUAGAGUGAAGAACACAGAGGGAGAGUGGACGGUGAAGCAGGUACCAAUUCCUGGUUGCAUCAAGGAUUACAACCGUCACAUGGGAGGUGUAGAUUUGUCAGAUGCGCUUAUUGGAUAUUACAAUGUCCUUCAUAAAACGCAGAAAUGGUAUAAAACCCUGUUUUAUCAUUUUGUGGACAUAGCCACCGUGAAUGCCUUCAUUCUACAUAAAGAAAUGUGCAAACUCCAUAACAUGCCAGCAGUUACACAGAAAGCCUUCAGAGAACAACUUAUUUUGUCCCUGGCUGAGAUUGGUUCUGUUCCACGUCGGUCCCCUCAACAAAACUUUAUGGUGCCAGCCUCUCCUUUCAAAGCCACCCCAAUAACGUCUACAGCUGCUGGGUCUGCAGACGAGUCCACAGCUACGCCAUCUGAAGUCCCAGCUUUGGGUCAUCUGCCCUCUUACUUCGUGGAACAAAUGACUAAUGUGGCCCCCAGAAAUCGAGCCACUGCUGGCAGAAGGUCAUGUGUGGUAUGCAAAAGAAAAUCACCAGUCUAUUGCAGCACGUGUCAAAAAACACUUUGUUUCACAACCUCAAGGAACUGCUACAGUCAAUGGCACCGUCGCAACAGGAUCUGUAUCUAGGUCUUAGUGAUUUACGGUGCAGUGGUGGCUUAGUGGUUAAGGAAGCAGAAGGUUUCAGGUUUGAGUCCACCAGCUGCCAGUUGCCAUUGAGGUCCUCUGAGCAUGGCACCGUCCCCACACACUGCUCCCCGGGUGCUUAAAGCUGCCCACUGUUCACUUUGGUGAUGGGUUAAAAGCAGAGGUCACAUCUGUGUCACAAUGACAAGUAGUUCACUUUCCUUCUUUCAAUUGGUUAAGAGGUGUCCAGGUUUAAAAAAUGCCAAGAUGAAAGAGGAAGCCAUGUUAUUGUUACCAAAAGGACCAAAGGUCCUCCUAAGAAAAUAUUGCAUUUGAACUGGAAUGGAUUAAACACAGUUCUCAGGACAAAAAAAAAACAGAAAUACUUGAAAACAUCAAUACCGGUGCUAAACCUGAAGCUCUAAGCGUGUCAUUUCUCUCUCUUGCUUUGACGCAAAGAAUAUGUUAACAUAGCACAUAAGAACAUUUGUUAUUCAAAGACUUGUUUUGUCAUCAUCCAGAGUUUGAGUUGUAUAGGUUUUAUUUUCACAUGUAUGAGUAAGACUUUGUGGCAACUAAACUAACGUUUGGCAUUUCCACGUAGCUCAGCAGCUAUGGAUUAGGUAAACGAGGUUUGGACAUCUUUUAUAGUUCUCAGAUAGAGCUGGCUCCCUGAGCAUCACUCCCAGUGACAACAAUAAUGGAGUCAAGAUAAAAAUGCAGCAGUAUAAUGUGCUGUAAGCAGUGACUAGCAAGAAUAAAAUCCCUUUAAUGUGAUAGUAUCCUGACACUGAUAUCAGAAUAUUGCCUUUUAAUAGGAUUUCUAAAAUUAGGAACCUUGAAAUAUGACAUUAGUAGUCUGGCUUACGCGCUCCGGUCUUGGAAUAACCUCCACAGCACAUUGCAGGUCGUCAAAGUGUCUUUUUAAGAACUUAUUUCAAAUGUGUAAAACAAGAGUUCAAACACUUUUCUUAGUCUCUUGUUUUGAGCAGAACUCAUUUUAAUCUCCCUAAAGAAACACCUUUGACCUCAGUGGACAUGUGUGAAAUUAUAAGUUAAACACUGUACAUGUGAGAAACUCAUUACAGUGUAUCUUUAUACUUGAGCUUAUCAGGGAAAUAUCUGACUGUACUGUGAUUUUUCAGACAUGUUUUGAACUACCGGUACACUGAAUUGUCAUUGUUUUUUUAUAUUGUAAUAUUCUUUUCUAAGCAGUAUUAUAGUAUUUGCAAAACAAAUGUCCGUGUUUAUGUUCUUGUUCUGGUUUUUUGUAGUAACUUAAAUAAAUAAAAGCAACAUUUGUAUUUUGCCUUUUAUUGUUUCUACAGCACAAUAAAAAGUCUUUAAAUUAUGUUAAUGUCAGUUUGUUUUGCAAAUAUGAUAGAUAUAUAUCAUCAUCAAGAAAAAUAUUUUUUAAAAAUUAAUUUUACAACAUUUUGGAAACAAGUUUAUUAAUGGGUAGUUAUUUUGAAGAUCAUCUCUUCCGUUUAUUUGUUUUUAUACUAUACAGCUUUUAGUUUUUAUAGUUUAUACCAUUCUAUAUCCACCUUUAAUAAGUCACCU